UACAGCAUGCAAAUUGCGGAGCAACUCCAACAUAUCGCAGAUUGGUUUAACUACGCAGAGCGCGCGGCGCGGCGCAUGAGCUGGACCCGGUGCGCGCCCCGCAUCAUUCCGAGUGGCCCGUAAAAGGAGGGACAAUAGACUGGUUUUUAGUCACAGCUGUGUGUUAUGUCCCCGUGGAGCGAGUCUAAAAACUUAAUCCUAAUUAAUUCUGAGGAGGCUCCGGGAGGAGGGUGACACUCGGGCAUCCCGGGACCGGAGAAGAAGAAGAAACCUCUCCGCGAGCUCCUCGCGCAAAGGGAAUAAUCGGUGUCUCACAGCCUCCAGAAAAAGACAGUGGACCCGGCAGGACAUUUGGGGACCGACGGAUCCUGUGAAGUUUAUCCAUGUGUCAGCUUGUUUUCUUCUUUUCGUCUUUUUUGAAAAGGACCGCAGAAAGUGUUUUAGAGGUUAUCCCGUCCGAUGCAUCGGUACCUCUCGCGUACUGAUGGACUGAGUACGGUAACAUUUGGAAUAGGAUCCCCCUGUUUUCAUCGGUUUUAGACGAAAUCUCAGACCGAAAUGCUGCCCUGCGUCAUCUUCGUCGGCUGGUUUCUCACCGCAGCCCGAUCCCAAGACAUCCAUCCCUCACAGGCAUCAUCCUCUAUAAGUGAGUCUUGUGACUCCUUAUGCUCCUGUGAGAGGAAAGAUGGGAUCCUCCAUCUUAACUGUGAGCAGAGAAACAUCAGCAGAAUCUCCCAAAUCAAAGUCCCAGCAGGUGUGCCCUUCCACCUGAACCUUUACAAGAAUGACUUGGUUGAGCUCCGGGCCGAGGAAAUGGAGGGGCUUAAGAGUGCCCUUUCACUGCACAUUGGGGGUAAUAGCAUUCAAGAGCUGGAACCAGGGGUCUUUAGCAGUCUCGGCUCAGUGAAAAAACUCCACAUAAAUAGCAAUUUCCUCGUCACUCUGAAAGAGGACACUUUUCAAGGUCUGGUGAAUUUGGAGUUUCUCCAAGCUGACACAAAUUUCAUUCGGGUCAUCGAGCCCGGGGCCUUCAACAAACUGAUCCGCCUCAAGGUCCUCAUCCUCAACGACAAUUCAGUCGAGUUUUUACCAAACAAUAUUUUCCGGUUUGUGCCCCUCACCCACCUGGACCUACGUGGCAACAAGCUCCAAACGCUGCCUUACGUCGGCUUUUUGGAGCACAUCGGACGGAUAAUGGAGCUGCUCCUGGAAGACAACGAGUGGGUGUGUGACUGCGAUAUCUUGCAUUUGAAAAUCUGGAUGGAGAACAUGAGGGCCCAGUCGGCGAUCGGGGAUGUGGUCUGCAGCACACCGCAUCACCUCAAGGGGAUCAUUCUGGCUAAAGUCAAGCGUGACGUUCUGUGCCCGUCACAUGCAGAUAUUAACCUCGAGGAGCCGUCGAAGUCGCUGGACAUGGUCGUCACCCCCUCAUCCAAAGUAAACCCCAAGCUGAUCGACGGCAAAGACGACGCCAAGGUGCCGACGCCGUCUCACAUUCCCAGCAGCCCUUGUGUGGAACACUGUUCUUGUCACAAUCACCCCGUGGCUGGAUUUUUGAUGCAUUGUCAGGACAGGGGAAUUCAAAAGGUGUCGGAUAUCGGCAUACUGCAGCAAAGCCCCGCUAAACUGGUCAUGACGGGAAACAUGAUUCAGAAAAUCUUAAAGUACGAUUUUGUCACGUACGACGGUUUGGAAUUGCUCAACCUGGCGAACAACAGAAUUGAUUACAUUGAUAAUGAAACCUUCCUCAGCUUGAGCAGUUUGAAAAAACUAUAUCUGAAUGGCAACCGGAUUGAAAAACUGUUCUCCACCAUGUUUGUGGGCCUCCACAACCUUGAAUUCCUGUAUCUGGAAUACAACCUUAUCAAAGAGAUUGCUCCAGGCACAUUUAAUCCCCUGUCCAACCUGAAGCUGUUGUCAUUAAACAACAACCUGCUCAGCUCCCUUCCAGCUCAGAUAUUUCGCAAUGUUCCCCUCACCAAAUUAAAUUUAAGGAAAAAUCUACUCAUGCACCUGCCAGUGAGCAAUGUGCUUGAUCAACUCGACUCGCUGGAGCAGAUUUAUUUAGAGGACAACCCCUGGGACUGCAGCUGUGACUUGCUCAGCCUCAGACAAUGGGUGGAGAAGCUGAGAAAGGACACAGUGGUGGGCUCCAUCUUGUGUCACACGCCGAAGAAGGUGAUGCAGGCCGAGCUGCGGAGCGUUCGUCACGAGGUGCUAUGUCCCGGCUUGGGCACCUACUACCCAAUGUUUCCAGAUGGGGAUGCGAGCGUGACGGCCACCCUGGGGCCCGACAGCAGUGACAAGGGUUUCUUCAGCUCGCUCACAGACACUGUCCCGCUCUCUGUGCUCAUCUUAAGCCUUCUCAUGUUAAUCCUCGUUGUCAUAUUCUGUGCGGCCGGAUUGGUGGUGUUUGUUGUGCACCGGCGGCGGAGGAGGGCAAAGAAAAAAGCAGCAGAAGAGCAGCCCAGGGAAAACACCGGAAGCAGCCCCAUCCACCUGCACUACAGCAUGUACGGGCAGAAGACCACACACCACACUCUCACCCAAAGAGCGGGGUCCGCCACUUUGUACGAGGAGCGAUCGCACAGUCCCAUCGUCCAGAUCUGUCGCAACCCCACCUACUGCUCCCAGCACAAGGAACACGACGCCGAUUUGGAUUACGGCCUCGACGAACCCAGCGGCAAGCAUCACGUCUGCCGCAGCAUCAUGGAGAAGGAGAACACAUCCCCGCUCACGGGAAACCCCGGCUCAAAGUUCCGACCGAUGACCGGGGAGUGCCCCGCAGAGUUCGUCACACUGGGAAAUCCCAACUCCAUGUACAGGAACAUGCUGGAGAAGGACAAGGCGCUUCAGCAGCUCGGAAUAACAGAGUACCUAAGGAAAAACAUGCCCCAGCUUCAGUCUGCUGUGGACAUGCAGGUCCCGGGGCACCACGAGGAGUUAAAGCUAAUGGAGAAAAUUAUGUACUCACGACCACGCAAGGUCAUGCUUGAGCAAACUAAGAAUGAGUACUUUGAACUCAAGGCUAACUUGCAUACUGAGCCAGACUAUUUGGAGGUUCUGGAGCAUCAAACUGCAUUUAACUGAGCUUAAGCAGAAAAAUAUAUAUAUAUAUAUAUAUAUAUAUAAAUAUGUAUUAUGUUUUCAACCAAGUGCCUUGUCCUGUUUGCCCUUCUGUACUUUCCACAGUGUGAUAUAUUUAUCAUGGGCACGACACUUUAGGUGUAGCACAGAAUGUAACUGGUUUAGUUUUAUCUUUCAUCUGUUGACAGCCAUGUUAUGUAGCUGCUGAAAGGCGUAGUCUUUUCCGACAAAUGUAACUGAAAGAAGCCAUCGUGUUGUGUUGACUGGGCCUGGACUGAAACCUUCUUUGAAAUCCCAUCAAUCAGCUUUUGAUGAUUGAAAACAUUUUAAUAAAGCUGUGCCACCAAAUGAUUUGAUCUCAAAUCUCACACACAGAAUCCUGUCCGACAUCCUGAAAGGAUAAAGCAGAUGUUUAAAAAGAAGCGAGUAAAUUCCAAUCGGCGCUUGACCUAGAAUGGCUGUUUAAUCAGACAGAUCUAGAUAUGACCUGAUUACACCCUCUGUCAACAUAAGCCAGCUGGAAUGCUCUAACCAGAAUGCUCAUUGUGCCGUAGAGUCAGCUAAAUGCCAACUGUACAUUGAAAAACAACUGUGGUAUCACUGCUAUUUUGAUUGAUCCAAUAUACUGCACAGUUGCAGUUUCAUAGGUCCUUUAUUUAUUUUUAUAGUCAAACUGGUGACAUCCAGAGAAGGACGUUUAAUUUUCUGUCAAUCAGUGAAUACAGCACUUGAAGUACAAUACAUUAUACUCAACUGUAAUCUUUUAAGAAGAAAAAAUUGCAUUGCACUAAUCAAAUGCCAUGGGAUGGUGCAUGACAAUCAACAGAGUCCUGCUGAAACUUUUUUUUUUUUAUUUUGUUUUCUGCUAGAAAAAAAAAAUAUGAGCCACAAAAGUUGUAUGAUUUGUCAAGUGUGUGCGCGUGAGCGUGUGCUAGCGGCUUUCACAACACUACUUUAUGUCCGGAGAACAUUCGAAAGAGCGUUAAGGAAAGACCCUCCUUCCUCGUUGAACUGUAUCGAACUGAAUCCCGGGGGGGGGGGGGGAUUAUAUUAACCUGUUUGGACACGUAUGAUUUCUGACGCGCAACAUCACCCAAGAGCUCCAGUUUCCCAUGGAGACGACCUGCCUGACUGGUUUCCUGUGUCAAAGCGAGUGACAUUUGCAAUGUUAGCAUUUCAAGAAUUUACACCAUACACUCCAAUCAUACUCCUGGAUAUAUUCUACUUUGAGACGGUUCAUGUAAGCACACACUCCGUAGCUUUUCUACUCCACUAGAUUGAAUUAUUCUAUUUAUUCUGUAUAUUUUGUACAUAUGUUUCAUUAUAUCUUUGUUUUAUGUGUGCCUUCGGUGCUGUACAGAAUAUAAACAGAAGCUGUAACUGAUGAACAGGAAAUAAAGAGUUACA